UGCACAUCCACCUCGCAUCAUAAUCAUACGAUUGGGUCCCGGCGCGGUCUGAUCGCGUGCUACAGUGCCUCGUUCGCGCCAGCUUCUGACGCGAGGCUCGUAGGGAGUCGUCAUACUGUGUACAUAUACCACCUCCACACUCCACUCGUAACUCUGUUGUGUGACUGUAGGAGCGCAUGCAAGCUGCGAGCUUGCAGGGUGGGGCUCACCUCGGCGUUAAGAGCCAACACCCGCUGAGAAGGUGCGGUGCAUUUCGCCUUGCUCGUGCCACGUAAUGUAUAUAACCAGGUCUGGUCCACUUCCACCUCAUUGCCCCCGUCACCGACAUCGCGACGACUCACCAACCAUCUACUCUUCCUCAGCUCACAGACAGAAUGGCUCAAUUCACCCUCUACUCUCACAAGGGACCCGGACCCAACCCUCUCAAGGUGGCCAUCCUGCUCGAAAAGUUGGGUCUCAGCUACGACGUAGUUCCACUCGUCUUUGGUCCCGGCGACGGCCAGAAUGAAGGGGUCAAGGGUGAGAAAUUCUUGAAGGUGAACCCCAACGGAAGAGUGCCCGCAUUGGUGGACCAUCAGAACAGCGACUUUACCAUUUGGGAAAGCGGAGCGAUCUUGCUGUAUCUGAUCGACAAGUACGGUCAAGAUGGAUCGUUUGGCGGAAAGACGCCAGAGGAGAGGGCUGUGGUCAACCAGUGGUUCGCGCUCCAGCUCAGCACUUUUGGUCCUCAGCAAGGACAGGUGAACUGGGAGGCAACGUAUGGUGAAAAGCCUCAAAAGUCGGUCUUUACUCGUUACGAAGGCGAAGUGGCACGAUUGUACACUCUGCUCAACGAUCAAUUGGAAGCUCAGUCUAAGCGCGGAAGCUCCUUUGUCGCUCUCGAGAGGCCAACAGUCGCCGACAUCGCCUUUUACCCUUGGGUCAACAUUGCCGGGUUUGGAAAGAUCGACCUUGCCCCUUACCCUGCUGUUGGCAAGUGGCACGCUGCUCUCGCCGCCGAUGCCGACGUCAAAAAAGCUCAGGCUGCUCUUUCGUGAUCGGCUAUCAUACUUGACUCUGAGUGAUCAUGGCCUUUUAGGGCAAUGCAUGCAUCAGCUCGCGAAGCUGGAGUUCAAUCGUGCGAUGUGUUGCGGGUGAUGUACCUAUACCAACGACAACGAUCGUAAUGUGGACUCUUGUCUCAGAGCAGGCAGGCCGAGCGCUUCAUACACGAGCUGCGUCGGAGGCGGUGAGAAUGAUUUAUUCGCUUGAGUGGCGAGACCAGAAGAAAGGCAUGCGCAGCAAUCACUCACUUGUCUCGCUUCGAAAGCCGCACCCCACGAUGCUUGAUAGCCAAUGCCUCCAAAUCUGAGUCAAGGAAGGGAAAGUAAUUAGCCAAAUGAAGUUUUGAAGUGGGUGCCUGAUCUCGCAUCGCUUCGGACGCGUGCUAGGUGAGGCGACGCAGCACUCACCCGUAGCAGUGCACUACAGGCACCUCUCCUUCACGACCAGAUAUAGAGGGGUAUGAGGCGCUUCCUCC